UCAGUUGCUUGCUUGCUCUCUUUCGCCAUGGCUCGCACCAAGCAGACAGCCCGCAAGUCCACCGGCGGCAAGGCCCCGCGUAAGCAGCUGGCCACCAAGGCCGCCCGUAAGAGCGCCCCGGCCACGGGCGGCGUGAAGAAGCCCCACCGCUACCGGCCCGGCACCGUGGCGCUGCGCGAGAUCCGGCGCUACCAGAAGUCGACCGAGCUGCUGAUCCGCAAGCUGCCGUUCCAGCGCCUGGUGCGCGAGAUCGCGCAGGACUUCAAGACCGACCUGCGCUUCCAGAGCUCGGCCGUCAUGGCCCUGCAGGAAGCUUGCGAGGCCUACCUGGUGGGUCUGUUUGAGGACACCAACCUGUGCGCCAUCCACGCCAAGCGUGUCACCAUCAUGCCCAAGGACAUCCAGCUGGCCCGCCGCAUCCGCGGGGAGAGGGCGUAAUCAAUCGUACGGUUCUAAGGCGUUAAUCAAAGGCUCUUUUCAGAGCCACACACGAUUUCAAGUAAAAUGGCUGUGAUAUUUAGUCCACCCUUAGGUGAACCUACAUUUUUUCCAAGUACAUUUUUAUCAACUCUAGAUCCAAGCCCAUGAAUUUUCCCACACUUGGUUCCUAAAUCCAGGAGUUAGUAGAAAUAACAGGUUAGUUACGCGACUGCUGGUGUAAGCGAUUACAAAAUGUGUCAUUUGAGUAUUUAGUUGUGCCUGACAUUGUUGUCUUUA